GCAGAGGGUGUGACUGCUCACACGCCGGGGAGCCGAGCUGCGAGCAGCAGCCCUGAGACACCCUGGGCCAGGGGACGUAUGGCAAGGAGGGCUUCGGGGGACUAAGCCCAGCACAGACGGUGUUCGGUGGCCCCGUGUUGUCCGUGCGAGCCGAGUGCAGCCCCGCGCCCGCGGCCUCCAGCCAUGCUCCACUCCCCGCUGAAAACGGCGCUGGCCUACGAGUGCUUCCAGGACCAGGCCAGCUCCACGCUGGCCCUGCCCUCGGACCACAAGCUAAAAACCAAGGGCACGGGCAAGCAGCGCGUCCAGGAGCAGGUGAUGAUGACGGUCAAGAGGCAGAAGCAAAAGUCGUCAGUGUCGUCAAGCGUGGGCCACUCAAACCGAGGUUCCAUGUAUGAUGGUUUAGCUGAUGGCUAUGGCUACGGGACAUCUCGGGGCAGCUACUACACCAAAACCCAGACAGGGAACAGCAGCUGGGGCUACCCGCUCUACAACGGGACUCUGAAGCGGGAUGUGGAGAGCCGGCGCUACAGCUCCUACAGCCAGAUGGAGGGCUGGGCCAGCCGGGCCCACGGCAAGGCGCUGUGCAGCCCCCGGGCCGGCAGCGACUACUGCUUCGUGCAGAACAUCAAGAGCAGCCGCAGCGAGCCCGACCUCUACUGCGAGCCGCCCCGCAGCACUCUGCGCAAGGCCCACGGCGGCGGCCGUGCCGAGCACAAGGCCACUCUCAACCGCCAGAGCAUCUACAGCAGCUGCAGCACCCAGCAGGGAACCAGCAGGACCAGUAAAAAGGUGCCAGCGCGGGCCCUGUCCUGCCCCUCAAGCAACAAGCCUGACGUGGUCUAUGCCCAGCCCGUGAUGAGCUGCAAGCAGGACGGGGUCUAUGGACAGGCCCAGUCCAGCUCCAAGAUCUGUGGUGAUGAGAUUGAUGCUGGCACCAUGACCAUCCAGAAGGCCAUCCAGCUCCUGUGCUCCUCUGAUGACAAGUACCAGGCCAUGGGGGCUUACUACCUGCAGCACACCUGCUUCCAGGAUGAGUCUGCCAAGCAAGAGGUCUAUCGGCUGGGGGGCAUUGCCAAGCUCGUGGAGCUGCUCCGCAGCCAGAACCAGAACGUGCAGCGGGCGGCAGCCGGAGCCCUCCGGAACCUGGUGUUCAAGAACCCCACCAACAAGAUGGAAACCCGACGGCAGAAUGGGAUCAGGGAGUGUGUGAGCCUCCUCCGCAGGACAGGGAACACUGAAAUUCAGAAACAGCUCACAGGACUGCUUUGGAACCUCUCCUCCACUGAUGAACUAAAAGAAGAGUUGAUACAGGAGGCUCUGCCUGUGCUGACAGACUGUGUUAUCAUCCCUUUCUCGGGCUGGUCUGAUGGCAGCUGCAACAGGACACGAGAAAUUAUCGACCCAGAAGUGUUCUUCAAUGCCACAGGGUGUUUGAGGAACCUGAGCUCUGCAGACAUGGGGCGCCAGACCAUGAGGAAUUACCCUGGCCUGAUCGACUCUGUCAUGACUUAUACCCAGAACUGUGUGGCCUCCAGCCGCCCUGAUGACAAGUCUGUGGAGAACUGCAUCUGCAUCCUGCACAACCUCUCCUACCGCCUGGAUGCUGAAGUUCCCAACAAAUACACCCAGCUCAACCACAUGGCCCGGAGCGUUUACAUGGACAAAACUCUCACAGGCUGCUUCAACAGCAGGAGUGGGAAAAUGGAGAAUGAUGAGUAUGGGGUUCCCCUUCCUGAGGAGGAUUUCAAACCCAAAGGCCCCAGCUGGCUCUACCACUCAGAUGCCAUCCGCACCUACCUGUCCCUGAUGGAUCAGAGCAAGAAGGAUGCCACCCUGGAAGCUUGUGCUGGAGCUCUGCAGAACCUCACUGCAAGCCGAGGGCUGAUGUCCAAUGCCAUGAGCCAGAUGAUUGGGCUGAAGGAGAAGGGGCUGCCCCGCAUCGCUCGGCUGCUCCAGUCCAACAGCUCCGAGGUUGUCCGCUCCGGGGCCUCUCUGCUGAGCAACAUGUCCAGGCAUCCUGUGCUCCACAAAACCAUGGCUCACCAGGUGCUCCCAGAUGUGUCCCGUCUCCUGUCGUUCCAGUCUGGAAACACCAGCAGCUAUGGGGAGAUCAUGACAUCAGCUUGUUACACUCUGAGGAACCUCAUCAUGUCCAACACCCACUUGGGAAAGUCUUACCUGUCCAGCAACUUGCUAAAUAAUGUAGUGAGCCUGUGCCGGAAUGGCUCCUGUCCAAAAGCAGCUGAAGCUGCUCGACUUCUCCUGACAGACCUUUGGUCCAACAGGGAGCUCCAGAGUGUGCUCAAGCAGCAAGGGUUUGAUAAGAACAUGAUGGGAUCUUUAGCUGGAACGACCUUCAGGACCCUCUCCUCCAGAUUUUAGAGCCUCUCCAUGCACCUUCAGGCUGCAGAAUUUGGAGUUGGUUCAUGUCCAUGAAGAGCAACACUUCCAUGAUUCCUGAGGCUGUUAAAGAUGUAGAGAGUUUCUGAGUUCAACUCAACUGUAAAGCAAACCAAACAUGUGGAUUUCAUGUGGAUGACACUGAUAUUUUUAAGCAUUUUUUUCUUUUUAGGGGGGAGAAGGGACUUUUAUAUACUUUCUCGAUGUCAAUAAUUAUUUUUUUGCCAAGAGUGUGUCUGUGUAACUCUGGGUGUGAUGUAGAGGUGUGUGCAGGCAGCACACAGAGCACACAUGGGGAGCAGGAUCUUCCUCCAGCUUAGUCCCCUGUUUUCCACCCAAAGUCAGGGUGAUUGUGCAGUUUAGCCCCUUGCAGGAUUUUAUUCCAACUUCACCCUAUCCAUGCACCAAAUACUGCCAUGCUGAAAAUUUGUCACAACUUGUUUUUAUCCAUGAACACAUAAAAAGUCAAUUUUAGGUCAGGUUCCCCCUUUGCAUCUGUCCAUUAUUAACAGAUACACACAAGGAUGCUCUUCUUUCCAAGGCUGGUUAUUCCUCACAGUUAUGAACGAGGGCUUCUUCUCUGCUUAGGAUUUUUCUCUGAUAAUUGUUAACAUUUUCUUUCCUGUGACAUGAACUCUUUAUCUCAAGAAGCAAAUUGACACCUGCAGAUUCUCUCCCAGGCCUCCAUCAUCUUUCCCUGAAGCUGUUUUGAGAGGACAGUUGGGACACAGCUGCAAACCUUGAACAUUCCUAGGUCCUGAUCCAUUCUGAGCACCAAAGCAAUUCCAGUUCCUGACUGUACCUGGACAAAGGUGGCAUUUGAGAAGCUGAGCAGGACAGGCCAAGUGUUUUCCCCCUGGAAUCAUUGACUGCCUCAGGAAUGAAAGAAGGGAGGGAUGUGUCCUCUUUAAUCCUGUUUUGUUUUUAUUGAUCAAUGUAAAGAACUGGUACUGAUGUGCAAAGAAAUGUGAGCACUUGUGUGAUUGUCAGGUUUGGAAAUGUUUUAUUUCUCAGGAUCUUGAAUUGCAUUCAUCUGCUUGUGAUGCUGAGGCUGUGAUGAGGGACUGCUGAGCUCAUUUCAGAGCAACUCAAUUCUCACAACCUUCCUCUCUCCAGAAGAAAAAUAUCCUUCCCAUGGAGGGGACACAGCUCAGACUCACAGGGAAGGAGCAGCUGAGGCUGUCUUUGCUGCCUGUGCUGGUUAUUAUUCCUCAAAGGCUGCAGGGGCACAGGCCCUGUUUUUCAAACAUCAGGAGCAUGGGAUGUGCUUGGGAAGGAUGGAUUAUGAGCCUGGAAAUAGAAAAGCAGUCUCAUUUUAAGUGUCAGGCUCAUUAAUUGGUGGGACUCAGGAUAUUCAGUUCACAUCCAUAGGGUGAUCUGUGCCCACUAAAGAACCCCCUAUGAAGUUCAGGUUUGCUCUGCUGCAGUUCCAGGUGGCCCUUGCUGGUCCCCCUUUGGAGCACAGGGAGCUUCUGCCCACAGGGAGAGGUCAUUUCCAGCUGGUUUUCCUCUUGGGCUACAAAGGGUGGCUUCAUCUUGUGCACUUUACUGAGCAGCCACUCUUCUCAGUCAGGAGCUUUCUGUGCUGAGCUGCAGCCAAAUGAGAAAGGGAAAAAAGCCCCUUUGAAGUGGAGAGGCAGAACCAGGAGAAUCCAGUUGGACAGAAAUGUUCCAGGAGGGCUUAAACAGAGCAAAGAGGCCCAGUCUGUGGGCAAAGCCCUUCCAGCAGUUCCCUUGCUGCAUGUGGAUUCCCAGACACAAAAUAUUGGAAAUGCUUUGUGCAAGACCCAUCCUUGGAUGUCCCUAAGCACUGCAGCAUCCACAGGGUUGGUUCCGUUUGGGUGUGAAGUGUUCUGUGCAAUUUUGCGUUCAGGUUUGAUCUGUAAUGACAUGUCCAACACAAGUCCUGGGAGCAAAUGCUUUCCUCUGGAAAACUAAUUGAGGAAACAGAACUACAAAAUGGAAUGAUGGAAUAUUGAGGAAAUUCACUCUAAUUGGCUGUGAUUUAGGCUUAUUUUAAAACAGUGCAGCUGCUUUCUCCCCUAAUGCAGUUAAUGAGUCACUUUACAAGACACAAAGAGCCAUAGCAUUAUGAUCAUCAACUCACAAUUAAAUUUACAGGUGCUGGAGAUUUCAUUAGUGAGUAUUGGACUCCAGGAGGCAGAUUCAUCAUUCACAUACAUUUUAUUACAAAAAACAUUGUUACAGUUGUUUUUAUUACAGGUUUUUUUUAAAGCUAACAAAUGCUAAAACUGAAAUCUGUCUCCAUGCUCAAAGCUCUUCCAAACGUGAUUGGGCACAGUCCUCAGCAAUCUCACCCAGCUGGGAUGUUGUCCCUGCCCUGGGCUGGGCACACCAGAGAGGUUCCUCCCCCUGAGCUGUUUUUAGGAUGCUGUUUGUCACUGCUUGCAAACCUCAGGGCAGAGCCCACUCAGGAGAGCCGUGGGCUGCAGAAAUCACAACCAUUCUGCCAUUCCAGGGCUGUUCUGCAGCUAGAUUUCCCCUGGGGAAUUCUCUGAUAUCCUCUUUUUUCCUCACAGUCUCCCUUUAAAACCUGGACACCAGCCUCCACCCAAGUCAGUGAAGUGACUUUGAUGCCCAACUCUGAGAAGUAAAGGGAAAUUCAGACAUUGGAGUAACUGCUGUUGCUCAUAACCAGCCAUUCUGGGAGCUCAGUGAGGUUCUCUCCAAUGUGAAUUAAUGCUGUUUUCACCUCCAGUAUAAUUGUUUUCAUUCUGGGGAGGUGUUUUUUUUAAGGCAUGAUUUUAACUGUGACAUCCUCUCUGAUGAGCUGGUUUCCUGUUCCUUGCUCCUUGAAGAGCCAGGGUAGGGCACACCCCCAGGACAGGGACAGGGCAGGUCUGUGGCACAGGGAUGGAGAAUUCCUGAGGAGGAAGAAGGAGUGUGGCCAGCAGCAGCAGCAGCAGGAGCAGUUGGACACCCAGUCAUGUAAAUAAACACCACCCUCACUGUCCUGGCACAGCAGAGCUUUUUUGGUCUAUUUCCUUAUAAAUGCUUUGUUUAUUUUGUGUGUUGUACAAUCCCACCCCAGCAUUUCAGAAGCCUCAUGGACAAAUCAAAGGCAGUUUCAUUCCUUUCUGAACACACACCAGUGUAAGACCAACUCAGCCUUACCAGUCCAUAGCUCUACAGUGUAUUCUGUAAGAUAUAGGUAUGUGAGAAAAAUGUCUCAGAGUUUUGUUUUGGCUGUACUGUAUGUAUUUGCUUCAUUGGAAAAGCUGAAAUCAAUAAAAAUUGCUGAAAUUUCUUCAA